AUGACUAAAUAUGAAAAAAAAGAAAAGAAUUUAAAUAACAACAAUGAGAAAAAACAAACUGAAUAUGUGUCAUUUUUUAGUUUUAUAACCUUUCACUGGGUAACACGAUUGCUAUAUAAUAUUAAUAAGGAAGAAAUUAAAUUUCCGGAGUUACGAAAAAAAAGUUAUGUGAUAUAUUAUACAUCUAAAUUGGAAGAAAAUUUACGAAAAAUAACUGCAAAAAAAUAUAGUUUUAAUAAAUUCUAUAAAAAAAAGGAGGUUGAUGUAAAAAUUCCGUCUAAUUCAAAGGACAUAAAAAAAAACAAGGAAUAUAACAUACAUUACAAUAAUAUUCUAUGGUCAAUCUUUAAAACGUUUAAGGUCCCUAUAAUAUUAAUAAUUUUCUUUAAUAUUUUACAUACCUUUUUCAUAAUUAUCACUGGAGGAUGUAUAGAUAAAUAUAUGUUCAUUUUGAGGGAUAAAAUUAUUGCAUCUUAUCCCGUUUUUUUGAAUAGCUCAAAAGUUAUAUUUGGAUUAUAUAUCGUUGCUUUAUUAUUUAUAGAAUUUCUUUUUGAUUCUAUUUUGAAUUUUUACUAUUAUGAAUUUCUGGUAAAUAUGGAAAUAUCUCUAAUACAUUUCCUCUACAGAAUUAAUUUAUAUAGUUAUAAUAAUAAUUUGAUCAAUCAGUAUAUAAAUAAAGAUGGAGGGGACUAUUUAUAUGUGCUCGCAGAUGAUAUAAAAAGAGAUUAUUCUUAUAAUAAAAUUAAUGAGACUUUUUGUGGUAUAAAUGAAUAUUAUGGAAAAAAUAUUGAUCUUUUGUUUAAUAAAAAUUUUUACAAAAUAAAUUUUUUUAAAAAGAAAAAUAUGAUUAGAGAGGAAGACAAAAUAGAAAAAGAGGAUGCAUCUAAUUUAAAUAUUUAUAACAUAAUGUUUUCAGAUGUUCCGUCGUUAGUUCUAUUUGUUGGUGCUAUUAUUAGUUUAUGUAGUAUAAUUGUUAAGUUUCAUAUAUCUUUUUAUGUUUUUUAUUUAAGGAUGGGAUCCAAAGCUGUAAAAACUGGAGUUUCACUUUCUAUUGUACUAUAUAGCAUAAUGAUUCUGUUCGAAUUUUUACCAAGUUUAUUUAAGAAUAAAUAUUUAAAGUAUAGAGACAAAAGAAUUGAUAAUAUGCACCAUGUAUUGAAAGAAUUUAAAUUAAUAAAAAUGUUUAAUUGGGAAUCAUUUGCUUUUAAUUAUAUAAACUUUUUUCGAAUAAAAGAAAUGAAAUUUUGUAAAAUAAGACUUUAUUUGGGAACUGUAGGAAUUUUCAUAAAUGCAGUAUCAUCUGAUAUAGUUGAAGUGGUGUUAUUUUUUUUUUUUAUAAGAGAAAAGUUAGAUAAUAAGAAGGAAAUUAAUUUUAGUUCAAUUAUUAUGCCAUUAUAUGUGUACAAAUCUUUAAUUUCAAGUGUUUCCAAUUUUCCAAAUUUAAUGAAUCAUCUAAUAGAAGGAAUAGUAAAUAUUAAACGUAUAACUAAAUAUGUAAAUUACCAUUUAUAUUAUAGUGAUAUUAAUAAUUAUUUUAAAUAUUUUUUAAAAAACAAUAAUUGUUCUAAUAUAUUACAUGUUACAACAUGUUUACAUAGUGACACAGAAUAUUAUCCUACUUACAGAAAAUAUUAUAAGAAACUAAAAAAGAGGCUUAGGAAAAUCCUUUGCUUCCUCUUUUUUAGUAAAAGAAGUAAACAUAUAGAUAUAAUAAAUAGAAAAAUAUUAUCAGAUUUGUAUUAUAACAGAGAUAAAAAUGUUAAAAAAAUAUGUUUCCAGACUAGAUUUAAUUCGAGAAAUAAUGAUAAUAAUAUAUAUGUGAAAAAAGAGAAAAGAAAUAACAAUCAUAUUAUUAUAACUGAGAAUAAAGAAACUGAUAUAAUAAUAAAAUUACAAAAUUGUUCUUUUGGCCAAAUUAAAAAGGGUGAUAACAAGUUUAACUACAUUUUAAAGAAUACGAACUUUAAUUUAAAAAAUAAUACCAUAGCAAUAAUCAUUGGAAAUGUUGGGUCAGGUAAAACUUCUUUUUUUCAAUCCAUUUUAGGGAAACUUAAAUUGAUACAUGGUUGUUUUUAUGUUAAAAGCUUUUUGUAUAAUAUGCCUAUUUUAUAUGUCCCUCAGGAUUGCUGGUUGUCAAUAGGGCAUAUCAGAUCAAUGAUAUUAUUUGGAAAUGAAUAUAAUUCACAAAUUUAUCGUUAUACAAUUGUACAGAGUGAACUACUAAAUGAUUUAGCUUCCUUUAAAAAUGGAGAUAUGCGAUAUAUUAACGAUGAACAUAACUUAAGUAAAGGACAAAGGGUAAGAAUUUCUUUAGCUCGAGCUUUGUAUCAUCACUACAUGCAUAUGUAUAAAUUUAGUGUUUGUUGUGAAAAAGAUAUAUAUGUAAAUAAAAGUAUUAAAAAGGAAAUCAGUGCAAAUGAAUUUUUAAAUGAUUUAAAUGAUGAGUGCACCUUUCUUAACCACAUCGUUCCAUUCAGUGAACACUCAAUGAAAACCUACUUAAUAGAGAAAAAUAUUUUCUAUUUAUAUUUACUUGAUGAUGUGUUUACAUCUUUAGACCCAGCCAUAUCUAAAAAUAUUUUUUAUAAUUUAUUUUGCAAAGAGGAAAACAAAAGUUUUAAAGAUUGUUGUAGUUUUGUUGUUUCUAUGAAUGAAAGCACAUUUUCGAACUUUUUAACUAAUGACAUUAUUGACAACAUUCAGUAUACGGUAGAUAUUUACGAGUUGGAGAGUGAAACACUAAAAUAUAGAGGAAGUAUAUCAGAAUACAUAGAAAGAAACAAUAUAAACAUGAAAAAGGAAAAUAAUUUCAAUAAAACAGAAAUAAAUAUAGCUUACACAAAAUUGAAGUUGGGUGAUGAAACAGAAGAGUGCAAUAAAAAACAUAAUGAAACAGAGUAUGCAAAAUGUAGUAUUAUACCAUUAAAAGGGAUAAAUGAAAAUGAUUCCUUUACAAUAAAUAAUGUUAGUGAUGUAGAAUCGAAAAAAAGUUGUUCAUUCAAUUCGUUGUAUUUAAAAAAUACCUACAUUUUUAAUAUGAAUAAAAAGUUGAAUAGUGAUAAUAUUAAAAAAUUGGUAGGAGAACAAUAUUAUAUACAUGAAAAUCGAAAUGUUAAGAAAAGUACAUCACUAGAAUUUAGAUAUAAUGAUUCUGUAACCCCUUCUGGUGCUUCUGAUAGUGAUGAAGAUUCAAUUUUUAAAGGAAACAUACAAUUAAAAACGUACACAUGGUACUUUAGAAAAGUUGGGUAUGUUGUACUAUUGUAUAUACUAAUUUUUAUGUUUAUAUCUAUAUUCACAGAUGAAAUAAAAUUUUUCAUUUUAAGUAUGAUUAGUAUAAUUUCAAGAAAUGAUAAAAAACAUUCUAAUGAAAUUCUACAACAGCAAGCUAAGUAUCUAAAAUUAUUUGUGAUCCUACCAAUAAUAUCAGUAAUAGCAUCUUUUUUUUGCUUCAUGUUUAUAAUCUAUGGUACAGUAACGUCAGCGGUGAAAGUGCACACGGAUGUUUUAAAUUGUAUUCUACGCGCACCUAUAUAUAUAUAUUAUAAUAGUAAUUUAGGAAAUAUUAUAAAUAGGUUUGUUACUGAUAUAUAUUCAUUAGAUAAUGGAUUUUUAAAGAGAAUUUAUAAAGUUAUAUUUCUUUUUUUUAGACUUUUUUUUUCAGUAAUUUUAUUAUUUUUUAUGAUGAAAGAUUCUGUUAUUAUAUUUCCUUUAAUUGUUUUUUUAAUUUAUUUUUUUGUUUUUAAAAAAUAUUCCGAGGGAUGUAAAGAAGCUCAAAGGGGUUACUUAAGGUGUCAUUCCCCAUUAUGUAAUAUAUAUAGUAAUACUAUAUUAGGGAAAAAUAUAAUUAAUUUAUAUGAAAAAAAUUCUUACUAUUUAAGUGUUUAUGCACAUUAUGUAGACACACUCAGAAAUUACUACCUUUUAAAGUGGGCAAUAACUAUAUGGGCAUCUUUUUAUAUUAGGCUGAUCGUUCUAAUAUUGACUACUUACUUCAUUAUGCAUCCUCAAAUAUUUUUUAAUGGAAAAAAUAAGCAACCAGGAGAAAAAAAUGACGAGAAACUUAUAAGUACAGUUGGAUAUUGUAUAACAUUUUCAUCUAGACUUGGGAUCCUUACAAAAAUUUUGUUGUCUGACUACACUUUUGUGGAGAAAGAGAUGUGUUGUGUGCAAAGAUUAGAAGAAUUCUCAGAAUUGCCUAAUGAGAAGAGCUGUUUAGAUAAAGAAAAAGAACUAGUGGCAAAAUGUAAUGAGAAAAGAAAAAAUGUAGUAAAAAUUGAAGUGGAUGGGCAAAAUGAAGUGAAAAAUAUAUCCAAUUCAGAUGAGGAUUCAUCUUUACCUAUCAUUAAUAUCCCCGCUUAUGUGGAUGAAUCAAAAGAAAAGUAUGGUAUUUAUUUUGAAAAUGUGUUUGUUAGUUAUAAGAAAAAAUUCCUUUUAGACAAAAACAAUUGUAAAUACUGUUAUAUAGAUGAAGAACCAUCAUUAAAAAAUAUUAAUCUUUAUGCUUUGAAAAAUCAAAAAAUUGGUAUAGUAGGUAAAUCGGGGUCAGGAAAAAGCACAAUUAUUUUAUGUAUUCUAGGAUUAAUUGAUAUUAAUAGUGGAAAAAUAACAAUAGAAGGUAGAGAUAUUAGAACUAUUCAUAGAAAGGAGAAAAAUAGUAUAAUUAGUGUAUUACCACAAUCUUCUUUUGUUUUUCAUAAUUGGAAUGUAAGAACAUUUAUUGAUCCAUAUAAAAAUUUUACAGAUAAAGAAAUUGUUGAAUCUUUCAAUUUAAUUGGUAUAAAUUUAAGUAUCAACGAUUUGGAUAAAUAUAUAUAUAUAAAAAAGGAGGAGAAUGUAGUUAAUGAGACAAGAAAAAAAGAAAAAAAAAAAAGGAAAGAAAAGAUAGACGCUUUAAGUAAUACUAUUCCUUUAACGGAUGGUUGCAUACGGUAUCUUUCGUUAGUUCGACUUUAUUUGAAUAGGAAUAAAUAUAAAUUUAUAUUAAUUGAUGAAAUUCCUACUUUCGCUUUUAAUAAUAUUGAUUCGUAUUUUAAUCAUUUUUUGAAUAGUAACGCAAAACCAUUCAAUUACAUUAUAAGAAAUUAUUUUCCAAAUAACACAGUUUUGAUUAUUUCUCAUGACACUAAUACAUUGUCUUGUUGUGAUUUUAUAUAUGUGUUAAAAAACGGGGAAAUCACUUAUCGCUGUAGUUGUAAAGAUAUAAAAACGCAAUCGGAAUUAGCGGACUUAUUAGAGAAAGACUGUUGA